AUGUCAGCUAAGGCUUUUGUCACAUUUGCUGCCGGCAGUUGCGCGUUGGCGAUCGCAGUCGCUUUGGCUACAGCCGGGUACAUCUACAAUGAUAUCAACGAGUUCUAUGAGGAAACGAGAAGAGAUUUGGAUGAGUUCAAGGGCUUCUCAGAGAACGCCUGGACCCACAUGGUAGCAUCGGCUGCGAUCACCGGACAAACGAAGAAAGCCACUUUCCUUAUUGGCCGUCACAAGCGCUCGGGUGGACAAUGCCAGUGCGGAAGUCAGCCACCAUCAUGCCCAGCUGGACCACCUGGACCACCAGGACCUGCUGGAGAGCCUGGACAUGAUGGAGAGCCAGGACAAGCCGGAAAUGCAGGACCCCACGGAAACUCGUACUCGCAAGAUAAGAGCUCGUCCGAAUGCCAGACUUGCCCUGCUGGACCACCUGGACCACCAGGAUCUGAUGGACCUGCUGGAGAUGCCGGACCUGACGGACAACCCGGACAAGAUGGACAACAGGGUGGAUCUGGACAACCUGGACCUGCUGGACCUGCUGGAGAUGCUGGACCAGAUGGACAACCUGGACAAGAUGGACAGCCUGGACCCGCUGGACAGCCUGGCAAGAAAUACAUCUCUCAACCUGGACAACCCGGCCCAAGUGGACCCCCCGGACCAGCCGGACAGCCAGGACCAAAUGGAAACGCCGGACCAGCCGGAGCUCCUGGACCAGCUGGACCACAAGGAGGACCCGGAGGCCCAGGACAGCCCGGAGCCGACGGACAACCAGGAGGACCUGGAACUGAUGGAACCCCUGGACCCGAUGCCGCCUACUGUCCAUGCCCACCAAGAACCGGAGCCGUCUCUGGAGCACAAACGAGCGACUACCAAGCUCCAGCCAAGCAGGCUUACCGCCGAAAGGCCGCCCGUGUCGUGCGUCAU